GAGGAGUGGAAACGCGAAGCUGCUGUGUGAUGACCGCAGAUCGGUGCAAGAUGGAAGGCCGACAUAGUACCGGAAAUGCACCGACUGCCGGGGAGCAAGGCGUCUCCCCAAGCGCGACGUCAACCCUUGUGCCCAUUGCAGACGAGACGAGCACUCAGGACCGUGGCCUAAAGGACGCUCCUCCCACACCUACGCAGUGUCAGCGCUCUGACUCCACAACUGAUAUCAGGAAUAAUAACUUAAAAAACCAAGACGACGAAACCGACGGCGAGAAAGUGUACAACUCGACGACGGAGCCCCUCAAGAAAGGCAACUGGUGCUGCGACUGGAUGCUGAGGUCCGUCUGGAAAAUAGGAAAGAGGAAGAACAAGGGGAGGCCGAAGGAGAAGAGGCAGAGGGAGGAGGAAGGAGGAGGAGGCAGCAGCAGCUUCUUCGCCACGACGUACUGCCGCAGACAGUGGUACAUCCUCCUCGUGCUGUGCCUGGGUACUCUGACUUCCUCCUUCGCCGUGUGUCUGUUCCCGCCCUUCUUUCCGAGGAUUGCCCAGCAAAAGGGUGCUUCGGCCACCAUCUACGGCCUCAUUAUCGGGACCAACUGUCUGACAGCAUUCCUCAUCACGCCCGUUGUUGGGAAAAAUCUUAAGACCAUUGGUGUUCACUUUGCCUUCACAGCCGGCUUGUUCUGUAGUGGAGGGUGUUGUAUGUUGACAGGACUUCUGGAGUUCUUUCCAGGAGGCCCUGCCUUCGUGAUCAUAGCUGUGUUCAUCAGAAUGGUGCAUGCCACGGCAAACUCCGGUAUUUUAACCAGCUCCUUUGCCUUCAUUGCUGCGGAGUUUCCCGAGUCGGUUGCCAAAAUGUUUGCUCUGACCAGGACCACCAUGAACUUGGCCCAGAUGUUUGGGCCGGUGGUGGGAGGGGCACUGUACGAGGUGGGCGGGUUCAAGAUGCCCUUCCUCGUGAUGGGCAGCCUGCAGAUGGCCAUGACGAUAUUUGCCUCCUUCCUGUUACCCCAUUCCUCAAAGGAGUCAGAGACGCCGGAAAAUGAGACGGGGAAGAAGAAAGAGGUUCAGAUCUGGAGGGUCUUCACCAUCCCGGGCGUGUGGGUCUCC